GUCUGUUACUGAGCAGUACCUGGGCAAGAAGUUUGAGCCCUUCAAGCCCCUGCCAGACUGGAAGUUCGAGGACUACCUCGGAUGGCACGAGCAGGCACGCCCCUCAGCCUUCCUCGCCGCAUCCGGUGACGGCAAGCUGUUUGUGGGCGUGUACGUCCAGAACGGCCGCCUCAAAGGGGAGCCCAAGAAGGCCCUGCGCGCCAUCAUCGAGAGCUACGGCAUCCCGGUGACCCUGACCGCCAACCAGAACAUCAUCCUGCGGGACGUGGAGCCCGCCUGGAAGGCCGACAUCCAGCGCGCGCUCACGGCGGAGCGCAGCCUGCCGCACGUGAACCAGCGCGUGACCGCGCUGCUGGGCAGGCUGGGCCUGGAGGGCGAGGCCCUGACCCUGCGCAUGACGGGCUGCCCUAACGGCUGCGCGCGGCCCUACAUGGCGGAGAUCGGCUUCGUCGGCGACGGGCCCAACUCGUACCAGGUCUGGCUGGGCGGCAGCUCCAACCAGACGCGGCUCGCCGAGGUCUUCGCGGAGCGCGUCAAGCUGGCCAACCUCGAGGCCUUCCUGGAGCCGCUCUUCGCCUACUGGCGCGCCUCGCGCCGCCCGGGCGAGGGCUUCGGCGACUUCAGCGCGCGCGUCGGAUUUGCGGCGCUGCGGGAGUACUCGGCCGCCUACGUGACCACCAGCGCAGCCGACGCGCUGCCCAAGGUGGCGCUGCCCAGCGACACCUACGAGGCACUGGCGGCGCUGGCGGCGCGCGAGGGCAAGUCCAUCGCGCACGUUGCAAACGAGCAGCUGCAGCAGCUCUCGGGGGCGGCCAACUAG